GAAUAGAAGUUUCAAUCUGUUUUGUAUGACGUGGCUCGCAAAACAGUUUAGCUUUAAAAAACUCCGUGCCUAGCAAUGGGGAUGUAUUUUCAAUAAAUAGUAUUGUGCUCACAACGAAAUGUGUUUUUGAAAGCGUAUAAAGAAAGUGUUGUGAUCUAUCUAAUUUUAAAAACUUUCUAUGAUUGAUAAUACUCUGGGUCUUUUCAUAUGUACAACUAUGAAUCGGGUCUCGGUACGCGCAUCAGCAACACCGAGCUCUCCAAAUCCGGGAGAGUAGCGCCGCUCGCGGGAAUAGCCUACCAGCGGAGCGGUACUCGCUCUGCCCGUUUCGUGCGCCAACGAAAUAUCUUCGACUAGACUGAAAUCUUCUUCGGGCACCCAAUAUAAAAAAUCUCCACUGGCAUGGAGCUAGGAGCACAUUGAUAGUGAUAGUCUACAAGAUCUUGGUUUCUAUGCAUUGCCUGCCAAAGAAGAACUGAGCCCAAUGUUUCCACACAAUUCUAGUUCACAUGAGAUUUCUACAGAAACAAAUGCCUUCGUACAAAAUUCCAUGGGGGAUGUAGUAGUAUUAGGGGAAAGCAGUCCGAUAAGGGUUGGGGAGGGAAGAGAAUCAGAGAAUGAUAGGUACUGUGAUAUCGAGUUCAUAAAAAACAUGAUGGCCAAACCUAAUAGCCAUCUCAAAAAUACCGCCGCCAAUGACUUUUUAACCGUCCUGUCGAAUCAAACUGGCAAGUUUAUCUUAACCAGUCGAAGCUCGACCUGCCAGUCAGUGGCGUCGUCAACCACAAAACACCCAACAAAAAAUCAUCUUCUAACUUACGAUAAUAAUAAUACUAAUAAUAUUAAUGAUAAUAUUAAUAAUAAUAAUAAUAAUAAUAAUAAUAAUAAUAAUAAUAAUAGUAAUAAUAAUCCUAAAAUAAAUCAUCGCUCAUAUCGAGCGAAACAUAAUCAUCAAGAUGAUCGAAAAAUAAUAACAGUUAAUACACAAACAAGGAAAAGAAAACAACCGGGCUCGUCCGGUAAUCAUAAACCGGGCAGCUCCGCCAAUAACUCUAAGUCUAUGUCUAAGACAUUAAGUGAUAAUAAGACUAGCUUUAGCGUACUAAACAUUAGGGUACUAAGUAUAAGCGUAAAUCUACGAUUAACAGGAGAUAAGUGUGCUAUCGACGAAGGGGUACCUAGCCUAGUUAGGAUACCCAAGUCUGAUCGCCCCUCGUCAUGCCACUUUUCUCUCGACUCUCUUGACAAUUACUCCUUACUAGGAUCCUGCCUUCAUUCGGGCAAAUACAAUAAUAUUAAGUCUAAUUCUAGCCUCUUAAGUAAUAAUAACGAUAACUACAAGUCUGUGAUAUUGCUCAGCUCAACCAGUAACCAUUAUUUCCUCCGCGUUGAAAUGGACGGUGGUGCGAUUGCAACUAGUUUAUUUAAACAAACGAAGCUAAAGUAUCAAGCUUUUACUGGUGUAAUCAAUGAAAGAAUUUCUUCAGAAAAUCUCUGUGAUUUCUAUCAAUUUAAAGAGACAUUAUACAAAGCUAUUGGAUUUAAUGCUGAGGAUGUUUUCACAGAAAGUCUGAUAAAUCCUAAGCAAUUCAUUCUAACCAGUUCGACCUUUCAAACUGCCCAGUUCAUUGACAGUGAGAGUCCUAAUGCAAUGAAGACAACGGAUGCCAUUGUAGUAAAUUUAUCUAAUAGCAAUCAGUCUAAAAAAUCUAAAGUUGCUAUUUGUUUGAAAAAUGAACAAAACUCCGAUCGAAACUUUGUUUCUGCUCCAUCGGAAAAAAUUUUCAAUAGAAACUAUUCAAUUUCUAAUCUUUUUCCGGAGGAAAAGAAUAUCAAUUACGCAAAUGAUAUGACUCGAAAUCAUUUGAUUGAUUGUGCAAGAAAUCUCAUAGCAGCGUCCAUUGGAGUUUCCAAAGACAUCUUACAAGUUCUCAAAACUGAUCUUAAGCAUAUAUUAACUCUUCUUUUUGGACCACUUUGCGAUCUCGAUGAUUUCAAUUUGGCAUAUAAAAAAAGAUGGGGAAUCCCUGGUAAUCUUAAAUUGAUUGGCGGAGGUGAAAGUUCAUUAAAUACUGGAGGAUCUACAAAUUGGGGUUCUACACAAACUAGUACUACAAAUAAUAACAACAAUAAUCAAUCAGGUUGGGGAGGAAAUUCUGGAAAUCCUUCUGGAAAUAGUGGAGCACCUGGUAAUUGGACUGGAAGCAGUGUAAACAGAUCUGUUGCUGGGAAUCCAAAUUCAAAUCAAAAUCAAGGACCUCCAGGUGGGCAAAAUGUUCCAGGUAAUGUGAAUAAAGUAAGCAAUCCAAAUCAGCAGUCAAAUCAACAAUCAGGUCCUCCAACUUCUCAAUCAAGUGGAACAAAUCAAGGUGGUCAAAAUAGUAAUCAAUGGUCGCAAGGAAAGUCUAAUAAUCCUGGAGGACCAAGUCAAAAUUCUUCUGUUCAAAAUAAUAAUACUUCAGCCCAACAACAACAACAACAACAGCAACAGUCAAAUUCCAGUAAUAAUAAUAAUCAGUCAAAUAAUCAGGCUCAGGGAUCUGUUAAUAGUAGUAAUACACCUGCAAAUAAUAAUCCUUCAACAAAACAACAAUUAGAACAGUUAAAUACAGUGAGAGAAGCUCUUUUUAGUCAAGAUGGUUGGGGUUGUCAGAAUGUGAAUCAAGAUACAAACUGGGAUGUCCCAACUUCUCCAGAACCUAGUAUGUCAAAAGAUGCAGUUCCAAUGUGGAAAACACCAGUAAAUAAUGGUACAGAUCUAUGGGAAGCUAAUCUUAGAAAUGGUGGUCAACCUCCACCUCAACAACAAGCUAAAACACCAUGGGGUCAUACACCAGCAACAAACAUUGGUGGAACUUGGGGUGAAGAUGACGAAGCAGCUGAUUCAUCAAAUAUGUGGACUGGUGCUCCAACAUCUUCUCAACCAAAUUCUGCAGCUGGACAAUGGACAACUGGUACCAGUAAUCAAAGUGGCAUGUGGGGAGGAUCUAAUUGGGGUGAUCCAAGAAUUGAUCAUCGAGAUCCUCGCGAACUUCGUUCUGUUGAUCCUAGGGAGAUGCGAGAUCCCCGUGACCAUAGAAUGUCUUUGGAUCCUCGAGAACACAUACGUGUAAUGGACCCAAUGGCUCGAGAUCCUAGAAUGACGGAUAUACGUGGGGAUCCUCGUGGAAUUUCUGGGAGGUUAAAUGGUGCUAAUGCGGAUGCUAUGUGGGGUCAACCACCAGGUCCUCCACAUCAUCAAAUGGGACAUCAACAUCCUUCUGGACCUCCAACGAAGAUGUUGAAUCCUUCCAAUAUAAAUCAAUGGGCUGCGCCACCGCCAAAGGAUAUUAUGCCAGGUAAACCAACAGGUUGGGAAGAACCUUCUCCACCAACACAAAGAAGAAAUGUUCCAAAUUAUGACGAUGGCACAAGUUUAUGGGGAAACCCUGCAGCCAAUCAAAGGACUAUACCUGGCAGUAAAGUUUCUCAUUGGAAAGAUAUUCCAACACCAAAUUUAGGACGAGGAGGAAUGCAAUGUCCUCCGGGUAUGCCACAAAACAGAAUGCCAGGUCAACCUGGAAUGAAACCAGAUGUUAGUGGACCAAUGUGGGGACAUCCUGGUGCUCCUGGCGGACGAAAUGGUAGUUGGGCUGAAGGACCACAUGAUGCAGGUUCAUGGGAUGAUCCAAAAACACCAAGUACCUGGAAUGAAGCUCAAUUAAAUCCUGGCACUUGGGGUGGACCUAGUGCGCACAAACCUAAACCAAUGGGACCCACUGGAAGCUGGGGUGAUAGUGAUAUGGAUCCUACUCCUAGUUGGGGUCAUCCUGCAAAACCCACUCUUACAAAAGAAGUUAUAUGGAAUAGCAGAGAAUUUCGAUAUCUUUGCGACUUGGGAUUUAAAAAAGAGGAUGUUGAAUUAGCAUUAAGAAAUCGAGAAAUGAAUAGAGAAGAAGCUUUGGAACUUUUAAGUCAAGUGCGGCCUUUAGACCAAUGGAGAAGACAUGACGCACACUCUACUUAUGAUCCAACAAAUCAAGCUACAACUGCGCCAGCAUAUCCUAGAUUUAAUCACGUCGCACAGCAAAUGUCUUUUCCUCCGGGUGCUGGAGUGCCAAGUGGAAACACAACUGGUAGUGUAGGAGGAUCAGUUGCUAGUGCAAGUUUAUUGAAAUUACAACAACAGCAACAACAAACUGCUGUUCCAUUACAACAACAACAACCUAGUAGUAAUGCACCUCAACCACCUUUUAAUCAGGCUUCCAGAGCUCCACAAAAUCAACCAAGUACACAACAAUUACGUAUGUUAGUACAACAGAUUCAGUUAGCCGUCCAGGAAGGUUACUUAAACCAUCAAAUUUUAAACCAACCACUUGCACCUCAAACUCUAAUACUUUUGAAUCAACUAUUACAACAAAUCAAAGUUCUUCAACAGCUUCAUCAACAACAUUCUGUACAAAGUACAAUGAAGGGUAAUGGGCAAUCUGUUCUUCAGAUCAGUGUACAAAUUACAAAAACAAAACAACAAAUAGCAAAUCUUCAAAAUCAAAUUGCUGUGCAACAAGCUACUUACAUGAAGCAACAACAACAGCAACAACAGCAACAGCAACAACAACAACAACAUCCUGUGCCCCCAUCUCAAAGCUCAGAAUAUUAUAAGAGUUCGGUACAUGAUCCUAUGUCGGCAUUGCAAAAUAGUUUUACGGAUUUGACGAUGAAUAAGGAACCUCCUGUUAGUCAGCAACAAUCAAGAUUGAACCAGUGGAAGUUACCUUCUUUGGACAAGGAUGGAGAGUUAGUUUCGAACGAGUUCUCGAGAGCACCAGGAACAACCAGUAAGCCAGCAGCUACACCGGCUGGUUUAACACGAUCACACAGUAGUCCUAACAUGAAUCCUUUGUUGGGUCAAGGAGAUGGUACAUGGUCCACCAGACUUGGAGAGAGUGGAUGGCCAGAUCCAGGUAAUACGGAUUCUACUGAUGGAAAGGAUUGGCAGUCAACUGGUGCAGCUACUGGUGCUGCUGCUUUUACCGAUCUUGUUCCAGAAUUUGAGCCUGGCAAGCCAUGGAAGGGUACCCAGAUGAAGAGUAUCGAGGAUGAUCCAAGCAUUACUCCGGGUUCUAUCGUUCGUUCACCGCUUUCUUUAGCAACGAUCAAAGAUCCAGAUGCCAUUUUCUCUUCAAGUAAUAAGACUUCACCACCGCCACAACAACCUACAAAUCCUGAUACAUCAAUACCAAGUUUGAGUAAUUCUACAUGGACGUUUAAUCCACCUGCUACUACUCCAAACGCAUUUACUAGCUCGAAAAAUACUUGGGGUGAAUCUGCACCACCGCCGACUGCAGUUACUUCAGAGCUUUGGGGAGCACCAAUGAGUAAGGUUCGUGGUCCCCCACCAGGCUUAAGCAGUAAAGCCACAGGAAAUGCGAGCAAUGGCUGGGCAGGUUUUGGUACCGUCAGCAGAUCCAGUUCAUGGGGCUUUCAAUCGAGCACAAAUGCUGCCUGGGUUUCUACUUGGUUACUACUUAAGAAUCUGACGCCUCAAAUCGAUGGUUCUACUUUGAAAACCCUCUGCAUGCAACAUGGUCCUGUUCAAGAUUUCCGAUUAUACCUUAAUCAUGGAAUUGCUUUAACCAAAUAUUCAUCAAGAGAUGAGGCUAUUAAGGCACAAGGUGCUUUAAACAAUUGCGUCCUGGGCAAUACAACAAUUUUCGCAGAAUCUCCUGCGGAUACCGAAGUACACAGCUUAUUACAACAGCUUAGUCAUGGAGGUCAACAACAAGCUGGAGCAACUACGGGGGCAGGCUGGGGGUUGCGACCAUCAAAUAAAACUGGUCCACCACCAGAUACUUGGGGAGGUAGUUCCAGCCAAUUAUGGGGUGCUCCACCGAGUAGUAAUUCCCUGUGGAGCAAUGCUGGUAUCGACAGCAAUGAUCAACAACGUGCUACGCCCAGUUCUCUGAACUCGUACUUACCCGGAGACCUUCUGGGAGGUGAGUCGAUGUAGAGUGCCGCACGGAAGGGCGGUAUCACUCGUGCGACGAUCGAACCUUCUACUUCACGAUACGUCAAUUAUAUUCUGCAUUGUCAGAUGGAUCGGUUCUCGCGAUGAAGCUACUUAAAUCAGUGCCGUAUCAUUUCGGCAGCAAUAAGGAUCUGAUUCGUUUUUUUCCAUUUGGGAUUCGAGUAUAAUGGAGGCAAGGGAGGAUAUAUCAUGAAUUUCAAGGCUUUUGGUGUGUGUCAUGCUUUUUUUAGUAGUUUAGUCCAGAGCUGAGUAUAUUUAAUAUUAAACAGGAAUGCCACUAUUGUUAUUACGCGUAUUAUAUCUACGUACUACGUAGUUUAAAAUUAAAAUUAAUAUUGACGUUAUGAUAUUUUUUCUCUUUUAGUUGUCACUUUGAUAAUUUGGUAUUUUAAUAUUUUACAUUAAUAUUAAUCUUAUUCGCGAAAAAGCGUAUAUGUGCAGAGUGCACACCAUGUUUGACCGGCACGUUUUAUCGUGUUCAAUUAUUCAAUUAAUAUUCUAUCCAUUC